UCUAUGUAUUUUACUCACUGAAUACGCUGAACUUAGAAACGAAGAUUAUUUAUCACUAAAACCUAAAUUGUUCUAUGCUAAAACUAAAACUCUAUGGAACAAGUCUUAUAAUCACAACAACAACAAAACAGUGAUUAAAGACCAUUAACCAAAAAUAUGAAGGUUCUUUUAAUUUCCGGGAAUCCGCUGGAAAAUAUUUAAGACUGACAAUAAAUAAUAUUAAAUAGCUAGUAAAUUAUUGUGUUAAUUAUUUUUUACUUAAUAUUUUAAUUGGAUCAUUAAAAUAUUUCAGUUAAAUAGCUUAAAUUUAUAUAAUAUUAUUUAUAAAAUAAUUAAGUAAAUAUUAAAAUUUAUAAAUCGAAUACAAAGUAUUCUUGUUCGUUGUCCAUGACAUAUUUAAGUGAAAGAUAUUAAGUUUUUAUCAACUUAUUAUGAAUUAUUGGUAGAUAGUCGUAGAUAUUUCGACGAAUUCAAAUGACACGAGUCAAAUAAAAUGAGUAAUUAUAAUUCUAACUAUAAGUUUUUGGACAUGUUUAAUAAAAAAAAAUUAGUAUUUUAUUUUGGUUUUUUCACAUUACUUAUUUUUUGGUUUAUUGGAAUUCGAAGUAGAGAUGCAUCACAAUAUCAAAUUUUAAAACAAGCAUUGGAACACACAAAAGAAGAAUUAAAAAUCAAAUCUAUAAAUUACAAUAUUUUAAAAGAAAGAUUUGAAAGUAUUUGUGAUAAAUGGCAACCAAACAUUCCAGUUAUAUAUGCCAUCACACCUACCUACAAAAGACCUGUACAAAAAGCAGAACUAACAAGGUUGUCUAACACUUUUCGUCUUGUAAAUAAUUUCCAUUGGAUUAUUGUUGAAGAUUCUGAAAUGAAAACAUCACUUGUAGCCAAUUUGCUUUAUAAAAGUAAUUUAAAUUAUACACACUUAGCCAUAGGAACUCCAGCUGAAUGGAAGAGAAAAUUAAAAGAACCUAAAUGGAAGAAACCUAGAGGAGUUAAACAACGAAACAAAGCGUUAGAAUGGUUAAGAAGUAACAGAGCUAAUAAAAAUGAUGAAGGGAUAAUUUUUUUUGCUGAUGAUGAUAACACAUAUAGUGUUGAUUUAUUUAAUGAAAUGCGAACUAUAAAAGGGGUUGGUGUUUGGCCAGUUGGUCUUGUUGGUGGUCUUUUAGUAGAAAAACCAUUAAUAAAUAGUAAAGGUAAAGUGAUUGGUUGGAAUAGUGCAUGGAGACCAGAACGACCAUUUCCUGUUGAUAUGGCAGGUUUUGCCAUUAAUUUAAAACUUUUACGUAAUCAUCCAAAUGCUGCGUUUUCAUGGGAUGUCAGUCGAGGUUUCCAGGAAAGUGCCAUACUUUCACAAGUAACCACUGUAGAACAAUUGGAGCCUAUGGCAGAUAACUGCUCAAAAGUGUAUGUUUGGCAUACAAGAACUGAAGAACCAAUACUAAAAGCAGAAGAAAAACUUAAAAACCGUGGACUACGAUCAGACAUGAAUAUUGAAGUUUAAUCUCAACCAGUGAUGUAAAUACCCGGUGCUUUAUGCGUUUGUAAUUAUUUUAGUCUAUAAAUAACCUUCAAAGACUCACUGCUCAAUGGAGAAAGUAAAGGCCAACUUGUGUUUUUACUUUUAGAUAUGUAUAUAUAUUUACGUAUACUUAAAUUUAGUUGUGGAACAGAUUAAAAUGACCGGUUAGUUAUAAAUUA